UAUGCAGACUGAAAAGUCUCCCGACCAUCCUGACAAGUAUCUUAUGGGAGACAGGUGGGAUUUCUAAUGCUCCUGCUGGCCUUUAGGGUUUGCUCCACUCUGUGUCAAUGUGGGGCCUUUAAGAUCCCAGAUUUGUGUCUCGUGUGGACUGAUCUGGUGUUGGUAGCCGAUCUCCAAGAUGCUCUUAAUGGUCACUGACUCCUGGUAUUCUUGCCCUUGUACAUACUGAUUAGAGAUGACCUGUGAAACUAAUGGAAUAUUGAGGAAAUGACCGUGUAUGACUUUCGAUGCUACAUCAUAAAGGACUUUCAUUGUGCUGUCUUAGAUCACUCGCUCCGGGGAAGGCAGUUGCCAUGAUGUGAAGACUCUCAAGGAGCCCUAUGGGGAGAGUCAAGUCCUGGAUUUUGAUGGAAUAUGUCCAUAAUAGGAGGAAAAAACAACACUUUAGAGCUCAUCAGCCAAUAUGGCAUUGAAGACCCUCUUCAAGCCAGGAGAGCAAAGGAAGAGGAAGGAAGAGAGAGCCUCUGGUGUUGGCAAUCUUACCACAAAGACAAUGGUGCCCUCGCCCAGCCUGUGCUGACUCAGCCACCCUCCCUCUCCUCAAAUCUGGGAGCAUCAGCCAGACUCACCUGCACCCUGAGCAGUGGCUUCAAUGUUGGUAAUUUCUGGAUACGGUGGUACCAGCAGAAGCCAGGGAACCCUCCCAGGUAUCUUCUUACUUUCCACUCAGAUUCAGACAAGCACCAGGGCUCCGGAGUCCCCAGCAGAUUCACUGGAUCCAAUGAUGCAUCAACUAAUGCUGGGAUUUUGCUCAUCUCUGGACUCCAGCCUGAGGACGAGGCCGACUAUUACUGUGCUACAUAUCACGGCAACUCAAAGGCUUUCACAGUGCUCCAGACCCAUGAGGAAGUGAGACAAAAAUCUCCCCACUGCUCUGCUCUGCUCACAAAGGAAGCCUGGAAGUUUCUUCCACCUCCCCCAGCAUCGGGUGGGCCCUCAGAACUGCACAGACAGAACCUCUCAGACAUCCCUCAGUCCUGGGCCAGAGACCCUCAGGUUGUGGCCACGUCAGGGUCAGAAGAGACCUUGGCCCACAGGUCCUAUCCCCUUGAUUCCCCCGGUUCACUUCCUAGCUCCAAAAAGGCCUUAAUCUUUGAGUCCUCACCUGUGAAAGGGAGAUCAGGACACUGUCUGCUUCAUAGGGUUGGGAGAGGAUUAAAUGAAGUCACAGAUAUGAACUCAUUGCAGUGUGCGGCCCAGACCAGCUGCUGUGAUCACCGUCACCACUAAUUCAGCCUAGUCUAGGACCAGAUGCUCCCAGAAUGUUCUCUUCCUAUUCCCAGACUCCCGCUCCUCCCCUGCUCCCCAUUCUCAAGACUCACCCAUCAAGAGAGGGAAUUUAAAGAGAACUUGUUUUUCACUUGGAAAAAUCUAGAUUGAAAACCUGGAUCUUUCAAAUAUUAGACAUGCAUCAUGGACCUGCUUCUGAAUUUCCCAGUGUGUCAGUGUCAUUGUCUGUAGCAUGGACACAAAGUACCCACCUGAUCAGCCUGGUGGGUAGAGUGCAUGGGAUGGGGUACACAGAGUAGUGACAAGAAUGGUCAGUGCUAUCUUCCCUUCAUGACCUCAAAUGUCCACUGAACAGUGCUCUUAACUUGAGCCAGCCCUGGCUCCACUAUCCAGAGAGCCUGGAAGAGACACCUCCCAAUCAUACAGACACUUUGGACUCAAGAAAAGAGUCCCAGACCAGGUGGGAGAGGGCGGCAGAGUGUGGGUGCAGCAGGUUGGGGUGGGUGCUCCUGGGUGUUCCCUGUGCUUCACCUGCAGUGUGCACCUGGCGUGACGGGUUUCUCACCCCCAAGAACGACUGUGGGAACUGCAACCUGUUGAUGAGAAUUAUGACCCGGAGGUUCUAAAGAGAAGAGGGCACCAGUGUGAUUUCAGGGUUCCCGGCAGUAUUUCCAAGGCUUAGAAAUGGAACCUACAAUGGUGAAUCCUGAUUAGAAAAUCCAAAGAACCACCCCCCUCCAAAUUAUAGAUUUUCUCAACAGCUGCACUGGCUUGUCCCAGAAAGAGUGUGUGAAGAUGCCCUGCAACAAACGGAGUGCUGAUAGCCUGGUCUUGUGGGGCUAUGUGGAGUGGGCAAUUAUGCACAGGGGGAAAUCUUGUGCCCUGACCUUCACUUCCUUGUGACUGUGACCUCUCAAGGUCUUUGUGGGAACAGAGUACAGGCUUCCCUUGGGCCACCAUUUAUCACAGAUUGCUCCACAGAAUAGAACCCUGCAAAGGGCCAGAAAAAGCAGAGUAGGACAGAGAUUUGGGUAAAGGGCUGUGUAUGAUUUACGGUUCUCUUGAGAGACAGAACCAAUGGGAUGCAACUCUAUCUAUCUAUCUAUCCAUCCAUCCUCAAGUGGGUUGGGCUGUGGACAAAGUGAGCAGGGACCCCAAAUCUCACCUCUUCCUAUUUUUUAUAUCUUUUAGGUUUCUGUUUCUUUCUAGGCUCUGCGGACACAUCCAUCCAUGAUGUUGGAGUGAGAUCUCAAAAACAAGUUCAUUUAUAGCAGAAAAUCAGCAACAUAUAAAUGAACAAGAAAAGCUUGCUAUGGCCUGGCAAGAAAAGCAUCAAGGCAAGAGUCCUGAACAUGUGGACUGGGGAGUGCCAUCUUGACUCAGUGCCAUCUGAGACGGAAACUCUGGCUUCAGGUUGGCCAAUGGAUGGUUCCUGAGGGUCCCUUAGACCCUGUCCUACAAAAAAGCUGGUCAUUAGGACCAGACAUGGGAUGAUCUUGACACAGAGUUCCAGACCCUGGAGGACUGGAGACUCAGCCAUCCCCUGUCCUCCCACCGUCAGGCUAUAAACGUUGGCUGCCUGUGUGUAACAUUACGUCAAGGGUGACCUUGCUCCUAACUAUGCCACCACCACCUGAGGACCUGAAGACUUUUCAAGGACUUGUGGCUUUGAGGGUGGCUGGACCAUUUCUCACCCUCAUCACUGCUCCACAGGCAGAAACUUUAGCUUCAGGACACAGAAUCCUUCAGGGCAAUUGAUAGAAGGGCCAGAGGGAGGCUGACACUGGCCGUGCCCAGCACAGGAGUUAAAAACUACUGGAAUAGACCAUAGGUCAUCCAUUCAACCAGUACCUGGUCUUCAUCUGUUAAGAACCCAAAGCUAUAACUACUUUUUCUUAUCUGUACUCAAACCCUUCCUGGUGGCCCUCUUCCUGUCUUCCUGAGGCCACAAGCCUUCACCAACUAUUCUGGUCUCCUGGGCCUGACCCUCACCUCUGGGUUAACAUGUUCCUUGUAAGCUCCCCGCCCUUAGAUGCCAGACUUCCUUGUGAAGACUGGCCCUCCUGCAGACACAGGAAACCAGGGGUGAGGCUACUCCGAGAGUCGGCUGGAGGGAAAGGAAGGGACUCUGAUGGCUGCGGAUCCACAUCCUUAGGACCGUGUGUCCCUGAUCUCUGGGCUGCCAGGACUGCAGAUGUGUGGUUCUUUAAUUAGAUCAGGAGAACUAUGCUACAGUUCAUGAGGGCAAAAAGGAGACAACAGUCUCCUUAUCAUUCAACCAAGGCACUGGCCUCAGGGCUUUCAGUUCCCGGGAAGAUUCUAGAAAUGGAAGAUGAAGGCUGUAUAGCAGGAGUUGGGAAUCAAACAUGAGAAUCAGUAAAUGUUAAGCUUUAUAAUAAAUCAAAGAGAAAUAAAAGGGAGGAUCAGUCAUGAGGGCAAAAUGAAUGAAUUUGUUUCAAAAACCACCUUUUUUGGGGCUCCUUUCUCAAUGCAUAAGAUUUGAAUAGAAAAACACACUUUCCAUUUUCAAUAAAUGCUUUAGAACCUGCCGCUUAAAUUCUAUCACCAUUUCUGCCUUUAUAAAAAUAAAUAUAGAAAUGAAGAAAUACAGGAAACUUCCUUAAUGGCUUAAUGAUUAUGUAUCUUUAAACUGGAGAAGAGCAUUGUUCCUCCAGGCGAAAUGCUAGAAUUGUUUCCAUUUUAAUCUGACCACACAUGAUGGCUGCUGGCCUCUCCUGUGAAAGAUUUUAACCUGGGAUUUGCAUCAAAUCAAUAAUAGAAGUAAAAAAAUAUGAACAUAUUUUAAAACAAAGAAUCAAUUUACACGGAAGCCUAGAGAUUGUACUGAAAAUUCAUUGGAAUGAAUAUAAACAUUUUCAAAUUCUCAAUUAAUAAAAAUACUAUAUAAUUUUAAAAUUAUAUAAAUUUAAAAGUACUUCAAAGUGUAUGUUGUUCCAGUCCCAGUAUUAAAAAAAAAGUAGAAACUUUGACCAUAUAUGCAGGAAAACAAAUAAAAAUUCAGCAAGGAACAUAAAGGAAAAUUUGAACAAGGGGUAAAAUAUUUUCUUACAGGAAAACACUGAGUAAGAAUGUCAGAAGUGAGUAGAUGGGUUAUACAAGCACUUCUAUUAUUUAUAUUAUUGCUUAUUUAUACAUGUUUUCCCUUGAGAAGGUGCGUGGGUGGGUGUAAGCAGAGGUGACAGUGCAGAGCCCUCCGAUGUCAGAAGGAGGGAUGGGUAAGUGAUCAAUGUCAGUAACUGACACCACACAGGGGUUACUGUACCUUCUGGAAUGU